AUGAAAAGCGACCUGUCAUUUCUGGUCUCCUAUGACACGAUCAGCAAGGUGGAAAGCUUCCUCGACAAGCUUCUUCCGGCAGGAAAAGAAUAUGAAAGGAUGGACCUGAUCACCCAUGACUGGCGGGCCUCUUUCAAAUCAUUUCGAAAGAUGAAGAAUAACGAGAACAACAAGCAGAACCACAACACCAGCCAGUCCGGCCACGUCGGCCACUCUAUCCUCCGCCUCAUCUCCCUCACCACCGCCAUCGCCAGCCGUCAACCCGGCUCCUACGACGUAGCAUCAAAACCCGGCAUAACCGGCACCUGGAUCAAAACAAUCUACCGCCUCAUCGCCCACUCCGACACCUCCGCCCCAAAGUUCCUGUCCAUCCUGACCGACAACAGCGACGCGGACGACAGACUCCGCUACCUGUCCGAGGUGAUCAGCCUCCUCCAGUCUCUCCACCGCUACGCCAGAGACAGGCUGAGCAAGCCGUUUGAUCCAAUGGAGUUGGACGAAGAAGAACUCGAGGAUCUGAAGCGUCAGAUGAUGGUUCUGCAAGCCAUGUCCGAGCCCGAGGCGAGGACGGCUCUCGCGCCCGUGAUGGAGAAGACGGAAACAGACUUGGAGUGGGAAGCGCUGCAGGAGAGCACGACAUGUCAGGAAAGCCAGAGAGCCUGCGACUGGUUGCAACGCAAAGUCAUCAGGCAGUUGCUGCGGGGGGAGGAAGAAUUGGAACAACUUCGUUGA